AUGUUUGGACUCACGCUCUCGCGUUGGUAUCUGUUCAUCGCAGCAUUUGCAGUGCAGUUUUGCCUCGGCUGUAUCUACGCCUGGUCGGUACUCAACCACCCCAUCGACUUGGCUGUCUACGGUGAUGCCAAGAAAGGCCGCGCAGUGAAUACUUUCUACAUUUCGAUGGGUGUCUGUGGCACGGCAACGGCAGCUCUGGGCCCCAUCAUCGAGCGAAAGGGGCCCCGCUGGGCUGUGUCCAUCGGAACAACCUUAUUCAUGAUCGGCCACAUCGUCACGGCCCUCGGAGUUCACUACAAGUCCAUCGCCUGGAUCUAUAUCGGAUACGGUGUCAUCACCGCUAUCGGUAUGGGCAUGUGCUACAUUUCCCCGGUAUCGACACUUCAGAAGUGGUUUCCCGAUUACCGUGGUACUGCCGCUGGUUUCGCUGUUGCUGGCUCCGGUGCAGGGUCCGUUGUGUGGAGCAAGGUGUACCUGCCCACCAUUGAUGCUGUUGGCCUUGCCUGGAUGUUUGUUCUUCUAGGCACGAUCAUGUGCACUGUCAUGUACGCCUCCGUCUUAGUUCUUCGCGUCCCGCCACCUGACUUCACUGUUAACGGUCUUAACAUUCACGGUGAUCGUAUCGACGAGAGCGACGUCCUUGAGGAGAAGUUGAGUACUGCCUACAAGCCUGUUCAAACACCCACGGCGCUCAAGCAUGCUGUUCUCUCACCCGACUACAUCUUCAUGUACAUCAUGUUCUUCGCCAACCAGCUUUUCGGUGUCAUCGUGUUAUCUCGCUUGUCCGGUAUGUGUACCGACAUUUUCGCCAAGAGCGCAAACACUGCCUCCGACAUUGUGUCUAUCAACAGUGUGUUCAACUGCUGCGGUCGUCUAGCGUUCUCGUCCAUUUCGGAUUUCCUCGUGCGCUACUUCAAAGUGGAGAAGACAUUCGCUCGCAAAGUGCUCUACUAUUUCACUUUGGGUGCGCAGAUUAUUGUGAUCGGAUCGUUGCCCACGGUCAUUCGCCACGAAAGCUUUACGUUCUUCGUCAUCGAGAUUUUUGUACUCACAUGCAGCUACGGUGGUGGUCUUGGUACGAUCCCGGCCCUCGUCACCGACAUGUUCGGUGCUUACAACGUCGGUCCCCUGCACGGCAUUAUUCUCACGUCCCUGGCCUUCGGUGCCGUUGUUGGCGGCAUCACCUUCAACAACGCAUACAAUGGCAAGGUUGCCGACGGCAUGAGCGUGGGCGAGGCGUACAUUGACAACAUUCAGGUCAUUUUUGUUAUCGUGUGUAUCGGCUUUGUGGUGCUCUUUUUGGUGCGUACGAACAUUGAAGACCGUUUCGAACCGGGCUACCACUACUCGCUGUGUGGCAAGCGCGUCAUCAGCAUUCCGCCGAAGGAAAAGAACGCUGAGCAUCGUGAGCACGAGGCCGAGACUUCUGCUCCAAAGCUGCCUGAGACUGCUGUGUAA